AUGAAGUUCCACGCAGAUCGAAAAGCUGUUCUUGAGAUUGAGUAUGUUGGUGAAGAGGGCACAGGCCUAGGCCCUACGCUGGAGUUCUACGCACUGGUUGCUGCCGAGCUGCAAAGAAAGGCGUUAGCCAUAUGGUUGUGUGAUGACAUGGACGAGCACCAACUGAAGAUGGAGGAACGUGAGCUUGACCUUGGUGAAGGCAAGAAAACCACCAGGGUUUUAUUCCCAGCCCCUCUCCCACCGCAUACAGAUGAAGUUCGUCGUGCAUCGGAGAUGUUCCGAGUUCUUGGAAUCUUCCUCGCUAAGGUGCUCCAAGAUGGACGUCUUGUGGAUUUGCCUCUGGCUCGUCCAUUCUUGAAACUCAUUGUGUCACCACACCUUAGCGAAGCUGAGGAGCCGUCACUAGAUCGAGUGCUUUCGUUGGAUGAUUUCGAGGAGGUCCAUCCUGUCAAGAGGAAACGUGCGAUUGAAAAUGAACCAAUGCUGGAUCGAGAGGCGAAACGGCGAAAGAUCGAUGAACUGAAAUUAUGCAUUCAUGGUACUCGCUGCCGUGUGGAAGACCUCGCUCUCAAUUUCACGGUCAACCCACCGUCGUCGGUGUUCGACUAUGAAGAGAUGGAAUUGGUCGAAGGUGGUGCUGAUAUGGAUGUGACCAUGGAUAAUGUCGAGCU